CAGACCAAAGCGCUUAAUCGGUAAUUUAACGUGUGUGUUCAUACCUGUGUUUAUAGUAGAAAUUAUUAAUAAUAUGGCAUUUGCUUGUCAACGAAAUUCAUAUUUGAAAGAGUUACUUGCUAAAGUUGUGUCAUGUGUCAAAGUAAAGGAUGGUUUUGAGGUUAUUUUGAACGAUACUGUGCUAUUUCCUGAAGGUGGAGGUCAGCCGGAUGACAGAGGUAAAAUUGGUGGCGUAGAAGUAGCACGUGUUUUUCGUCGUGGAGCAGAAGCUGUCCACGUGACCAGCAACAAAUUAGAUGAAGGAAUGGAAUACAAGUGUGUUGUUGAUUGGAACAGGCGUUUUGAUCACAUGCAGCAACAUUCAGCCCAGCAUUUGUUUUCAGCGAUUGCAGACACUAACUAUGGUUUUAAAACUGUUUCUUGGGAGUUAGGUAGAAGCGUAAGCCAUGUUGAAUUAAAUGCUAAAUCCAUUUCUAAGGAGCAACUUGUAUCCAUUGAAACCGAAUGUAAUGACGUCAUUCGAAACCACAAUCCAGUGAUCACUCAUUAUUUGACUAAAUCCGAUGCACUAGAAUUGCCUGAAGUAAAAACAAGGGGUUUACCAGAAGAUGUGAUUGAACCAAUCAGAGUGAUCGAGAUAAAAGAUGUAGAAAAGAACAUGUGUUGUGGAACUCAUGUUUCCAACGCUAGCGAUUUACAAGUAAUAAAAUUAUUGCACACUGAAGCAAUGCGAGGUGGUACUCGAGUGUUUUUCAUAGCAGGAAAUAGAGUCAUAAGUAAACUCGAUCAGUCAUACGAAGUUGAAAGAAAACUCACGAAAUUAUUAAGUUGUGGCAUAGAUGAACAUGCUGAUAGCGUUGAGAAAAUAAAAAAUAAUUUAAGAGUAUCUUUAAAGUCAUGUCGAGGUUAUUUAAAAGAAAUCGCAAAAUUUGAAGCAGACGAACUUGUGAGAACAUCCAAAGAGCUAGGCUAUAUAUUCAAACAUCGGGAGGACGGCGAUAUGGAGUAUAUAUUCACCAUACUAAACUCCUUACCAGACCACUGUAAGCAUGUUUUAACGUUUAUAUGCGGUGGGCCAAUAAAAACAGGUGGCCAGUUCGUGCUUCGUGGAGCGGAAGACAAAGUACAGGCGCUAUCACCUACAAUUUUGGAACUAAUAGAUGGAAAAGGUGGCGGUAAAAAGGGACAAUUGCAAGGGAAGGCUGCUUCAUUUCGGAAACUAAAAGAUGUACACGAAUUAAUCAAAGGAGCAGCGAAAAAUGAAGAGUAAAGCAUUUCUAAAAAGGAAUCGAAGUCACUAUGAAGAUGGAAAUGCGUGUUCUUCUGAGACAGACGGUACACAAGCUAGUCUGUUGUGUUUAAUAAUGCUCACAGUUAUAAAGACAAUCAAUUUAAGAUGUAUUUUAUAAACGCUUUAUAGAUCUAUUUUCUGUAUUUAUUUUAGAAUGCUAUUAAAAUUGAAAAAAUAUGUCUUAGCAUA